AUGUAUAGCCAGGGAAGAAGCAGUGCAAUGAGAACUGCAGUUUCUGCAAUUCUGAUUGUAUUCUUACUAUCGGUUCAAGCUCAGGCUGCAAGGUAUGACGUUGGGGGUUCUUCCGGCUGGGGUUUCAGCACGGGGAAUUGGGCAAGCGGGAAGAACUUCAAGGCUGGAGACAUUCUGAUUUUUAACUAUGACCCUUCACUUCACAAUGUGGUGGAGGUUGACGCGAAUGGAUACAAGGGAUGCAGCUCCUCUGCAAAAGCAAAAACCUACAGCAGUGGAAAAGAUCGUAUCAAGCUAGUAAAGGGAAAGCACUACUUCAUUUGCAGCUUUGCAGGCCAUUGUGGUGGUGGUGUCAAAAUUGAAGUCAACGCUCUCUAG